AUGUACGAUUCCGUAAUGGAUCACGAAGAAAACUGUAGCGGAAGAAAAGACUUCAAUAAAUUAGUUCUCAAAUACAAAUGGAACAACAAAUACACUUGUCCCUAUUGCGACAAAGCUUUCAAAUUUUUGUAUUCCUGUAAAAGACACAUACAGCUGAUUCAUUAUCGACAAGAGACAAAUCAAUGUAAACUGUGCACAAAGGUGUUUAUAACAAACAAAGGCCUGGAAGAGCAUAUGAAAAUUUUUCACAUAGGUUUAGAUGCGCCUAAGUUUGAUUGCGACAUAUGCGGCAAACCUUAUAUGUGCAAACGCGGAAUGGAAAAACACAAAUUACAAGUCCACGUAAAAGAAUUCAAGAUAUUUUGCCGCCAGUGCAAUAAGGGCUUUUUCUCCAAAGGAGAUUUGAGAAGACACCGGCGCGGAGUUCACAAGAAGGCCAAGGAACUUAUUCCUUGCACACAAGAAAAUUGCAACAAAUUCUUCAAAAUACAAUCCAGCUUACAGUAUCAUUUGGAAACUGCUCACAACAACGACCAAAAUAAACCCAAUUUUGCCUGCACUCAGUGCGACAAAACUUACAACCACCGUAAAGCUUUAAAAAGGCAUCUAAACGAUCACAAAAACAGCAAAACUCAUCCUUGUACAGUUUGCGACAAAGUCUUGACGUCCAAACGGGGCUUAAUCAGUCAUAUGCGCCUUCAUACCGGAGAAAAACCUUUCAUUUGCGAUCACUGCGGCAAAAGGUUUCACUUGGCUGACACACUUAAAGCCCACUUGGUUACUCAUACCAAAGAGAAAAACUAUAUUUGCAAUAUUUGUAAUAAGAAAUAUACUCAACUAACUCCCCUAUCAAGACAUAUGCGAAAGUUUCACCCUAAGCAUAAUCUAGAUUCACGUCCAAUUUCCAGUCAAAAAACACAAGCUGCAAUCGAUUGCAACGAGCCUAUCGAAUGUAUUUCAUAUGAGUUAGAGGUAGAUGGAUGCCUCUAA